AUGAGCGCCUCCUAUCCAUCAUGGAAAGAUCGCACACAAAAUCAGCUCGGAAAGCUUCAGAUCCAAGUACCAUGGCGCUCAUUUCAGCUCCUAGUCCCGCAUCGUAUGCGCCGCAAGCUCCGCUCGAAGCUACGGAGUCGCCUUUCGCCCACCUCUUCUAUAUCGACUCUGCAAACCUCCUUCUCACCAGCCGACACUCUUAGAUCUUUACAAGCGCACCGCUGGACUGUCUAUGAUUUCCAGUAUCUCUUGCUUUUGAUCGUGGGCAUCUUCUCCCUAACAAUCAUCCAAUCUCCUGGUCCGCUUGGAAAGACGGCCAUUGCCACCGGGCUUUUGUGCUCUCUGCUGAUGCCCAUCACUCGCCAAUUUUUCCUGCCGUUCCUUCCAGUUGCUGGAUGGUUGAUCUUCUUCUAUGGGUGCCAAUUCGUUCCAAGCGAUUGGAGACCUGCAAUUUGGGUCCGGGUCUUGCCCGCUAUGGAGAACAUCUUGUACGGCGCCAACAUCAGCAACAUCCUUUCUGCGCAUCAAAACGUUGUGCUCGAUGUUCUGGCCUGGAUUCCCUACGGACUCUGCCAUUACGGAGCGCCAUUCGUCGUUUCGCUCCUGCUGUUCUUCUUCGGUCCCCCGGGAACCACUCCUCUCUAUGCCAGAACCCUCGGAUACAUCAGCAUGACAGCCGUCUUCAUCCAGCUGGCUUUCCCUUGCUCGCCACCCUGGUACGAGAACCUGUACGGUCUUGCCCCAGCCGACUACUCCAUGCAGGGUAACCCGGCCGGACUUGCUCGCAUUGACAAGCUGCUCGGUAUCGACCUGUACACCUCUGGAUUCAAGCAGUCCCCUGUUGUGUUCGGUGCUUUCCCUUCGCUGCAUGCCGCCGAUUCCACCUUGGCUGCCUUGUUCAUGAGCCAAGUGUUCCCCCGCUUGAAGCCCCUCUGGGUCACCUACACUCUCUGGAUGUGGUGGGCGACUAUGUACCUUUCUCACCACUACGCGGUCGAUCUGGUGUGCGGUGGUCUGCUUGCCACCGUGGCUUUCUACUUCGCCAAGACUCGCUUCCUGCCCCGACCCCAAACCGACAAGAUGUUCCGCUGGGAUUACGACUACGUUGAGAUUGGUGACAACUCUCCUGAAUUCGGUUACGACCUCGCCAGCUUGGACGGUGAUUUCAACCUGGACAGUGAUGAGUGGACCGUGGGCUCUUCCUCCUCUGUCUCCUCGGGUUCUCUGAGCCCUGUGGACGAUCACUAUACCUGGGAAAGCGAACACCUCACCUCGAACCACGACAUCGAGGCAGGCCGCUAA